UAAACAUAAGCUUGGCUAACGCCACUCUCGACAAAACUUGAAAACGUUGGUAAAAAAAAAAAGUAAAUAUCAUUUGUAUUUAUUAUUAACAUGGUGUUUGUCUAAUAAAACAAUAAAAAUAUAUAAAUAAACAACUAAAUUAAACAAUAUUUAAGUCAGUUAUAAUGUCGAGUCUUUAUGAUCAAAUAAAGUUGCUGUAUGAUCAGCAAUUAUACUCAAAUGUCAUACCACUAGCAAAUUUAGUAUUAUCACUUAGUGAUCAUAAUGGUGAUUUGUUACUUCCAACAGCAAAAUUUUUAAUAUACGUUCAUUGUGCUGAUUCACAUUUUCAUUUAAAUGAAUAUCGUAAAGCUGAAUCAUUAUACAAAAAAUCAUUACAGUUUAGAAAAUUUUUAUUAAAAGCAAAAGGUGCAACAAAGCCAAAUCAUGAAACUCAUAAAGAUCUUUUAUCUGAUAUUGAUAUUAAAUAUCAAAUUCAUAUUUGUUUGAUUAAAUUAAAAAGUCAGCUGGAAGCUCUUCAAGUAUUACAAAGUAUUCCUGGUAAACAACGAACACCAAAAAUUAACAUGGCAUUGGCUAAAAUAUUUCAAGAACAAGGUAUGGAAAGAUCAGCAAUAACAACAUACAAAGAAGUAUUACGUGAAUGUCCAUUAGCAUUAGAAGCAGCAGAGGGUUUAUUAGCACUUGGUGUUAAAGGUAUAGAAGUUAAUUCACUUAUUGUUGGUUCAACAGCAAAUUUACCAAAUUUAGAUUGGUUAAAUGCAUGGAUCAAGGCACAUGCCCAUAUACAUAAUCGUGAAUAUAAUAAUGCAAUAACAACAUUUCGUUCACUUGAUAAUAUAAAUUUCUUACGUGAUAAUUUUAAUUUAUUAAUAACAAUGGGUGAAUGUUAUUAUUAUUCUGGUGAUGAAAAAAAUACAUUAAGUUGUUUAAGAAGAGCACGUUUAAUUGAGCCAGAUUCAAUAAGAGGUAUUGAUUUAUAUGCUGCUGUAUUACAUAAAACUCAACAUACAAAAGAACUUGAAAAGCUAAUACCAACAAUAAUAAAUACAACAAGUGAAUGUACAUCAGAAGUAUAUGUUGCAAUGGCAUAUGCUCUAUUAGCAACAAGAAAAUUAAAUCGUGCAAAUACCUUAACAGCACAAGCAAUUAAUUUACAACCAACAAAUAUUGAAGCAAUUAUACUGAGAGGUAAUAUUUUAAUUGAACAAAAAAAAUAUCAAGAUGCAUUAAAUCAAUUUCGUCAGGCAAUGCAAUUAAAACCAUAUCGUUAUGAGCCAAAUAAAGGUUGUGUUGAUUGUUUUAUUGGUAUGCAUAGAUUACGUGAAGCAUUAAAUAUUGCAAGUGGUGCAUGUAAACAACUUGGACAUACACCAAGAGUAUUAUCAUUAUAUGCAUCAGUACUUAUGAAAGAUCCAGUAUCUGUUGGUAAAGCUAAAAAUUUAUUAGAAAAAGCAUUGGUACAAGAUGAAUCAUAUUUACCAGCAGUAUAUUAUUUAGCUGAAAUAUAUGAACAAGAAAUGAAUUUAGAUGCUGCAAUACAGUUAUUAGAACGUCAAGUUGGUAUACAACCAACAUGUAAAUUACAUCAAAUGCUUGGUGAUCUUUGGGCACGUGUUCAUAAUGAAGAAAAAGCACUUGAUCAUUAUGCAAUUGCAUUAAAUCUUGAUCCAAGUAAUAGAAGAGCACUUGAAGGUAUGCAUCGUUUAGAUAGUACAGCAUCAAAAUUUGAAUCAUCAUAUUAUAUGACUGUUGGUGAGGAACAUGCUGAUACAACAUAUGAUGUUGGUGAUGGUCAGACAUGGAUCUUGAAGCAAAUAGUCAAUAAAUUGUUUAUUUAUUACAUUUUUUUUUUUACUACAUUUAAUAUUACAUUCAUAUACCUAUUUACUGGAGUUGGUUCAUUGAUUUAUAAUGCUUUAAUUAAUAAUAAAAAUAUGUGAAUAUUA